CUGUAUCACGUUUUUUUGACAUGUUUACGUGAUGUUUACAUUACUUAACCUCAUCUUAACCCUUAUUGAUUUUUAAAAUGCAUUUUAAACUGAUAAUAAUGUCGUAAUUACAAAAUCUUAUUAAUUAUGUAUAUCACCAGUAAUCUUUUGAUUAUAAAGAUCGGAUUAUUUCAAAGAUAAAAAAAUAUAUAAGAGAAGAUAACCAUUAAAUUAAAUUAAACACCUUAUAAAUAGAAAAUACAAUGUCUUGGGUAAGAGAUAAUACCACUUUGACAAUAUUUCAAAAAUUUUGUAUAAACAUCUUAAAAUGUGGACCAGUGCCAAAUCAUGUAGCUUUUAUAAUGGAUGGUAAUAGAAGAUACGCCAAGAAAACAAAAGUUCAAAAGGCAGAAGGGCAUUCAAAAGGUUUUGACAAAUUGGCAGAAUGUCUUCAAUGGUGUCGAGAAUUGGGUGUUAAAGAAGUAACUGUCUAUGCAUUUAGUAUAGAAAAUUUUAAAAGGUCUCGAGAAGAAGUAGAUGCUUUAAUGCAACUAGCCAGAGAAAAAUUCCAAAGGCUAUUUAAAGAAAAAGAAAAGUUAAAGGAAGAAGGUGUAUGUAUAAGAGUAAUUGGUAAUCUUUCAUUACUUCCAGAAGAUUUACGAAAACUAAUAGCGGAAGCUACUUUAAUUACAAAGGAUAAUACAAAGUCAAUAUUAAAUGUAGCAUUUUCCUAUACUUCCAGAGAAGAAAUCACCCAUAGUAUUAAAAGUGUAGUACAAGCAGUAGAAGACAAUCUUAUACAAGAAGAUGACAUAACUGAAGAAGCGAUUUCUGCUUGUCUUUACACUCACUUAAGUAAAGAUCCUGACCUAUUAAUCCGGACUUCUGGAGAAGUUAGACUGAGUGAUUUUUUACUUUGGCAAAUUUCAAAUACAGAAAUUUGUUUUACAGAUGUCUUAUGGCCUGAAUUUUGUAUUUGGCAUUUGUUGAGUGUCAUUUUUAAAUAUCAAAGGUCUUAUGGUGUUCAUAAUUUGUAUUCUCUAAAUAAACAACCAAAAAUUUUCAGUUCCAGGAUGAACACGUUUAUAAAAUCUAUUGAGGAAAAAAGAAUUGCACAAUUAGAAAUAUAUUCAAAAGCAUAAUUUUAAUAAAAUAUUGGCUAGAAAUCAUUCCAUGUUGAAACAGUUUUCUCACUUAUUAAUUUUGUUUUUGAAUACCUCGGUCAAUAGUAACUAUAUAUUUUGUUCUUUACUGCAGCCAAUUUGUAACAAAAAUAUUUUAUAAAUCAGAUGUGUUGGAAAAUUGAAUCAAUUAUAUUACGCAUAAUUAUUAAAUAAAUUUAUUUAUUCAA